ACUCAUAACCGAACUCAGUGAUAAACAUCGUUGAUAGUGAUCAGUCAAAUCUAAUUUAAUAAGCAAUUUAAUACUUUUAUAUUAAUUUUUUUACCAAGAACAUCUUCGGGAUAGCCUAAACAAGUUCGUUUUCUAAGUAUCUUAUCUAAAAUUCUGAAAAAAGCGAAUAAUUAUUAAAAAUGGCUGACAAGGAAAAAGUUGAUUUAUAUUUUAAUCCAUCGACUAAUAAACAAAUCUCAAUAAAGCGUAAAAUCUUAACGAAGAAGAGAACCAAAAAUGUAAAAUCACCGUAUUGGGAUUUUGUUAAAAGUUAUCAUCGAGAAAAUCCUGAAUUAAAGUUUGAUGAAGCUCGAGAAAAAGCUGAUACGCUCUGGAAGCAAAUGAAUUCUUCUCAACGUAAAGAAUUCAAAAAAUCAUCGAAAAGAAUUUCAGACGAAGCUGUUUCUGAAAUUCUGUUGUCCAUGGCUGCCAUUGAGUUAAAAGGAAAUAAAUUAACAGAAAAGGAAGAACUUCCUUUCGAUUACAAUGACACUGUUGAAAGUCUUUUAAAACCCGUAGGAAACUACGAACAACUUAAGGAAAAGACAUUUUACAUCUUCAGUUGCUCAUAUUACAUUAAAACAUCAGCCUUUGGUGUUUUCCCUGCUGAAAUUGCAGUUGCAAAAUUCAGUUUGGCUCAAGGAGUUUAUAAAACCAUGAGUUUCAUUAUUGAUCAAGAAGAAUUGCCAUUAGGCGCUUCACAUGAAUUUAUGACACUUUGCGAGGAAACUCACAUGAUUCCAUUAUCAGUUGAAUCAAACAAAGAAUUCAAAAAUGAAGAUAUCACUGAUUAUAAAGAUGCUUUCAUUAAAAUUCAAAAGUUUGUAGGAAGUGACGAAGAAACUUUUCCACCAUUCUUCGUCGAUUCAGGUCGCAACAGCAAAGGUCACGAAAUGGACAAUUCAGCAUUGCUCAAGAUUUCAAAAAUGAAUGGAAAAUCUUCUUCUGUCUUCAAUACUGUUCCAAUUGAAUAUCUUUUAAUGAAACUUCAUGAUAAAUGUAAUGAAUUACGAAAAUCUGAUGUUGGCAUUGUUGGAAAAUUUAUUAGUUGCCUUCAAAUGGCUAAAGCUAAUUUCGGACGUUAUGAAGUUGCAGCUUUGUCCAUUGGAUGUGAUUUUCAUAAUUCCCAAGAUCGAAGUAGAUUCUGUUCUUUAGCAAAAGUCAAGGAUUUGGGAUAUCAUGUUGCUGAAUGGUGCUUGCUUGAGAAUGAAGAAAAAAUCCCUGGUCGUCAUUUCUAUAAAACAGAGCAAGCAAAUUUCGACGAUCCUAUUACUGAUUCAUGGUCACUUCCAAUUGGAUUUGAAGUUGCCAACGAUACUUACGAUAACACAGUUUCUGAGAACUCCUUUGUUUACGAACCCUUGAAAGAACCAUCAACUGAAGAUCAAACUAAAACUUCAAUUGCCUCUGAUGCAAGCACUGAAAAAACUGAAGAUCAAACAGAUUCGUUUAAAACUGAAAUUGCCAGUGUCUCAUAUUUGCAUCUAAGUGAUAUUUCCGAAGCUGAUGAGACUCUGGAAUAUUAAAAUCAUCACAUUCUUCUCGUUUAAUUUAAUAUUUUCAAUUUAUUUACAGUAUUUCAAGAAAAAAGAAAUUUAAAAUUAGCAAAUGAAAUGAAGAAAUGUCAACGAGCAAGCAAAUCAUCCGUUGAAUGUAAUAAGAUUCUACUUAAGAAAUAAUAAAAUCUUUCAUCACAAUUGACUAUUUUUUCCAUUAAUAUUAUUACAACAGAGAUUUGAAAUCAAUUAGAAAUUU